UCCAUUUGUUGGGGCUGCAUCACUAGAUGGUAAGUAUAAGCUUUUAAUCAUGGUGAGCCUUUAGUGUUCAUCAGUUUUCAUUUAGUGCUUGUGGUGCACAUCUCUGUUGAGUUAUAUAAAAUCAUUCCAAAGAUGUCUUGUUCCGUGUUGACUGAGUCUCUCUCACUUGAGCCAGCUGCAGUACAGCCAGGUCCAUGUUUCAUUACUUUGUGGCCUACGCAGCGUUCCUCUGCAGCAGAUGGUUACCGAGAGAUCAGAGGCUCCGAUUUCAGAUCAUUCUGGUUACAUUUGUAGUGGCUAUCCUCACUCCACAACUUUAUGUCUUGACCAGGCCCCGAUCAUCUCGAUACUGCCAGCAGCCUCUCCUCAAUAACCUCAUAGUCUUCAUUAUCUUCUCCUUCAUAGCAACAGGGUUUGCGGUGGCUCUCACGCUCCUGGACCCAGUGCCCCAGAGCUUCAGUGUGUCCUUCCAUCUAUUCGGAGUCCUCUCGUUUGCUCACGGGCUGUGCACCACCCUCCUGACUCUACUGGCCACUGACUGUGCAUGGACAACGACAGAACUCUACUACCUUUCCCUUGUUCUGUCUUGGGCUUGUAUUCUCUCCACAGUCUUUUUUAUGGCCAGAGCAGGCCUGUGGCUGAUCAGCAAGAUGUGGCCAAGCUGGGUGAAAGAAAAGAGCUUCUGGAACAAUCUUUGAGCCAAAGGACUAUUCACGUCCAUGCUGAAGCCUCUUAAUUAUUUAUGCUGUUUCCAUGCCAGCGUGAGAAAGAUACUCAGACAGAGAACAAAGAUCAUGUUACAACCAAAUACUCUGGGCAGCAGAGAAACAGGAGAAGCAGGGAAACCAGCCCCUUUUUCAUAGAGUUUCUCAUGUAACUUUGACUCAUAAAGGUACAAACAGUUUUCACCUCUUAAUCCUUUUUACAUUCUUUUCCCAUUUAGGAGAGAGAACAUGAGUUCACCUCAAAUGUUUAUGAAUGCCUGGGUGCAAAGUACAUUGCUGUUUUAUUUGAAUCAGUAUUAACAAUUUCCCAGCAAAUCUACUUGACCAGUGAGGACAGCGGAGCGCUAACGGUGUGGCAGUGAGAGGUCAGGCUGUUCAGAGCAUUGUGGCUGCCUACUCAGACGUCAUCGGCAUAUAGCUUUGUGUUGGAUGCCAAGCUUUUAUGUGGGGUUGAUCCUCUUUGAAGCACUAGUGGAAAGCGGGAGAUAGUAGUGUGCCACUCCAACAAUGCCAUUCUGUCAAUUCAGCUCUUACCUAAACAUGCCUGUUGGCUCAUUCAUUCCCACUGAAGUCUGCCAAACAGCACAUUAUAAAACAUAGUAGUAUGGGUUAAGGAUGCAGUCAGCAAUUGCACAGGAAGUCAUGUGUUUUGUUUAUGUUUAUAAUUAUAAUUAUAGCAGACCCUUUUAUUCACAUUAUAUGUUCACCAAGGACCAAACAAAACACCAGUGGUAGCUCACCCAUCCCUUCAGUAGCUACAUGUUUGUUUGUUUUUUACAGUCACAGAAUGGGAAGCUAGUGGAUCGUGAGGUGAUUGCUGAAUGUUAUAAAAACAUGUUACGGGCUUGAAAUUGCGGAUGAUUGCUCACUGUACCUUUAAGACAUGUGUACAGUACAUGUGCAACACACAAUGGUUGUUCAGUAGCAUCAU